UUUUAAUUUUGCUCUAGAAUGAUGCAGAACCCCUGACCUCUGUCUGGACAGUGCUAAUUGGCCCUGUGCUCCUCACAUGCACUCUCUCAAGAAAAAAAACCCAAAAACCUCUCUAGCAAUAAACACCAAACUGAGCAUGUGCAGCGUGACUCCACACAAUAUGUCUCAUCAGGAGAAUGGGAGGAUCAGACAAGCCAGGAUCAAGUCAGGAUCAAACUGUGGUUUUACAAAAUGCAGAGGAUUAACCCCUUAGGUUUCACAGUGAGAACAACAAGCAUGCUUUUUUGCUUAUACAGACUGAUUUUACUAUUGUGGGUUUAGUAACACU